GUUUCCUUUGCCAAAUGCUGAGCUUUUACACAUUUGCAUUGCCGGCCGCCGAGUCCACCUCCGACGAGGAGGCCUAUUCGCUGCUCAACCAAGUGAACCCGGUCAUCCAGAACAACCGCCAGCCUCCCACCAUGCUCCGUGGUUCCAAGCUCAAGCAUGGAAAGCGCGUUUUCGGGAUGUACGACCUGGCGCCAUUCCCGGACGACGGAUACAGCUGGACGCAGCAGGAAGCCAUGCGCGACGUCAAGAUCAACGGCCAGCUGGCCAUGAAGGUGUUUGAAACGAGCCACGGCGUCGACGACGCUGCACCGCACAUUGAAGUGACGCGAAAGCGCUUUGCACUGCUGCCACCUGGCGGGCUGACGAUGGAGAUGCUGCAGCUGCCGUUGCUGCAGCUCGUGCACUACACGUACGUCUCGAAGGGCGGGGUUGAUGCCGCGGCGAUGCAGCGCUUGCAGGCCGUUCAGCAGCAGCAGCAGCUCUUGCAGCUCCAACAGCUCCAGCACCAAAAGGGCAGCGCGGCGCCACUCCCUGGCGCUGCUGGUGUGCAAAUCCAGCAGCUCGGCUUAAUUUAUAACACGCUCAAGCAGGAAAUUGCCAAGCAGCAAGCGGCGGGCAACACGCCCGAUCCAGAGCUCCUCAGGCGUUUGGCAAUGCUCGAGGCGCAGCUGACCCGCCACCAGCAACAGCAGCAGCAGCAGCAACAGCAGCAGCAACAGCAGCAGCAACAGCAACAGCAACAGCAACAACAGCAGCAGCAACAACAGCAGUCACAAACACCUGCACAACCAUCACAACCGCAACAGCAGCGUGCGCAACAACCGUCUGCUGCAAUGCAGCUUCAGCUACACCAGCAACAAUUACAGUUGUUGCAGCAACAGCAGCAGCAGCAACAGCAACAGCAACAGCAACAACAACAGCAACAGCAACAACAGCAACUCUUGCAGCAGCAGCAGCAGCUCAUUCAACAAAAAGCGGCCAUGCAGCGCGCCCAGCAAGCGCAAGCAUCUCCCCAGCCACAAGCUGCUGCGCAGGCGCAACAACAGCAGCAGCAAGCGUUGCUCCAACAGGCGCGCAACCAAGCACAACUCCAGCAGCAGCUGCAAUUACAGCAGCAGCUGCAACAAGGACUCCCGCCACAACAGCAGGAGCAAUUGCUGAAGCACUUGCAAUUGCAGCAGCAGCAACAGCAGCUCCAGCAACAACAGCAACAACAGCAACAACAACAACAACAACAGCAACAACAGCAACAACAGCAAAAGGCAGCAGCAAGCCACUCGUCUCCAGCUCAACGGACUCCGGCGCAAGCGGCAACAUCGCACUCGCAAGCUGGCCGAUCUAGCGCAGCCAGUGGUCAGCCAGCCCCGGAUCCGCGGUUGGUCGCUCAGCAACAACUCUUGCUCCGCGCUCCAGCAUUGAACUUGCCCGAGCGGCCCACGCCACCGACGCGACCCCCAAUGCCGCAAACCAAAUUCACUCAGGAGCGAUGGGACAGCGUCAGGAAGCAGCAUCCCGAGGCCACUCCCCUCCAGCUGGAGGAGAUUAUUGCGAAAGAGUGGGCAGAACUUAGUGCAGAGGCUCGUAGUGUGCGAGAGCACGAGUGGGAUCGCGCAUUGGCUCAAUACGAUCUUGGCGUGGCCGAGCACGAAAACUCGGUUGCGUUUAAGAAAUGGGCCACAGCCAUGAAGGACGCCGAGCACCAAAUCAUCCAAUGGAAGCGCUCCGUCCAGCUCCAGCUGCAGCAACAGGCAGCGCAACAGGCGGCAGGGCGCCCCACGCAAGUGGCUCCCGCCGUGGUUGUCGACGAGGAAUCCGAGCCGUACUCGAUUCGCCAGGUUGCCGCUUCGCGAUACUACCGCAACCACGAACUGAUGGCUGAAAUUGUGGACACCAUUCCGAUGGACGAGUCUGAGGCCUCGUCGUUUUUAGCUUCCGGAGUUUCCCAGCACCAGUCCUUGUUUGAUGAGGAGUGCCAGCAAAUGGAGGAAGAUGCGCAGGCCAUGGAGUCGCGGGCAGCUGCCAGGUUGCAGCGGCAAGCGGAUGAUUCCGAAAAUUUUCUGGCUUCGUUGCGCGAGAUACGGCACGCUGGUUCCCUCGAGGAUCUGAACAGCAUCUACCAUAAACAAGCCACCGGCGAUCUCCCCGCACCGCACGUCUGUGGGACGUGGCGUAUGGUUCAGCUUGCCGACAACCCUGUUGAGCGCGAUCACACUGCGGCAUUGGUCGCAGGCUGCAGCAGCAAGCCCCAUCUUGCCUUGUAGAGUGUGGCUUUUCGUUUGUGUCGAUGUCGCUUUUCAUGCUGCAACCUUCGUUUUGAUAAAUUGAUUCUUAGCGUGUCUUUGGCUCUAUUCAUCUUGUGGUGGGUGAAAAACUCAAAAUUGUCG